GCAUCUCCUGAAAAGGAAGGAAUCCAUUAGCACAAAAGGCAGAAGACCUCUUUUAAAAACUUUUCUGAUCAGUGGGAAUUGCCUGUCGGCCAGCGAAUAUGCAUCUUCAAGCAUCAUAUCUGUGUGGGCUUUAUGCAAACCAUCUCCUCUCUCUCCUUGAAGACAGCAUUGCAGUGAAGUAGGCAAUAACCUCUUUAAUUUCUGCAUUUCUAACUGAGCUACAUCACAUAACACCAAGGAAAUGUUGUUUUGAAAAGACAAAGGACAGCACUGUGCUGUAAAAUGCUGCUGCGCCAUAACUGGGAGAGGCUCCCUCCGAGGACAUUUUCUCGGUGAUACAACAGGAAGUCUUAACACCGAUCGACGCGAGGACGCUUUCGCUCGAAUCGGUGUGGUGUUUUUUUUUUUUAAACAAGAAGCCAAAGAUAAAGGAAGAAAAAAAAGAGGAAGAUACACAGUCGACAUUUCGUUAUUACGGAAAGGAAACGUUGACAAAGUGGCGCCUCUGGGCUGUCGGUUACUGGGCUGACUCGCCCUGGCAACGGCAGUAAUCCGAGAGCUCUCUGGACGGUUGCCAUGAGAGCUCGAGCUCGAGCGCGUUGCAAAACCCCCCACAUCGCCAUAUAAGGUCAUCGGGAAGUCUCUGCGGCAGCAGCCCCGUUGUUCUGUAUGUAGGGGAAAGAGUCACGCGCCGUUCUUUGGCUCGAGGAAAACGUCAGGUCGGACCACUUGUUUUUUUUUUAUAUAUAAGUACUACAGAUCAGAAAAUACAAACUCAAAAGAUGCGGUUCUGUCUUUUGUUUCGGUUUUAAGGUGUGCCACAACAUGUUGCCCGGCAGGCACUCCUUUGUUUGUGUGUGCGUGCGUGUAGCCUGACGUGAAGUCGGUGUGUCGCAGGCCUGUUUUUCUUGUUAUCCACUCUGAGCUCACGCUGCCAAGUGCGCGCAUUCCUCCGUUUGCAGGUCACGGGGCUGCAGACUGCAUUCUUCUCUUUCUAGAUCCCCCCCCCCUCUCCUCCCCCACCGGCCCAGUGAAAUGGGGGACAAACUGAGAAGAAGGUUUUCAUGUAGGUAACAAAAGAGCAACAUUUUGCGUUAAAAUCCGCCAAUGAGGUUAUUUAUAGGCCUUUUGAUUUAAAGGGGGGGGGGCCCUCCUCCUCCUCUUUCGCCAUUGAGCUUUGCGCGCCGCUGACAGACUGGAAUAUUCCACACAGAGGAUUGGCCUCUCUUCUACGCGACAGCUGUCUCUCUGCACGACGAAAAAAAACAAAAACAUUUUUGACAAAUGUUUCUUUCUUUUAUUAAUUGACGAAAGAGGGGUCGUAUACGUGUGGAUAUUUUGUAGCCUACAUCUUCAGGACAAUUUAAUAUCCUUUUUUUCUAUAUGCAACGAUGUGUAUUUGUAAGGCUACCAGUUUCACCUUGUAAGUCAAACAAGCACUUUUUGUACAGCAAUGCGGGCAUUUUUCCCAGCUUGUACAGCCAUGUACUGCUUUGUAGAAGCUAUUGGAGCACAUGAGUACGCUUUUAUGGCUUUUUCUAUGGAGUCAGCAUAGCAGGCAGUCAGGCAAACAGCUUGACUGCCUGCUGCUUUUUUUUCAGCCAUUUAUUUUGACGGAUUGUUCGCUGAAUCAAAUCAGGUAUCCUCUGUGCUUUGUGGUUUUUACUCAUGCUUACACUUGCUUAUUCAAUAUUUUGCCAUUGAUGGUAGGCUCAUGUAUUAUUCUAUUUGAAAUAUUAUCUUUUAUUCUCUAGGUCUUACAUAUUUGCAUAUCUAGUAUCAUUAGUGUAUUUUUCCACAGUAUGCCUUGUGAUGUAGUCACUUAUUUGGCAAUAUUAUUACCUGUCUAUGUUCCUGAAAUGUUCAAAUAAAUAGAUUAUACCCUCAUCCUCAUGUUUUAUUGUUUUGGAAAUUGAAGCAGGUUGCUUUUGCUUUUUGAUGGAUUUUAACACACCUUUACCCUUUUCAAUAUCUUUAGGCCCAUCUUCAAAACACAAUUUUUAGCCUGUCACAAUACUACAGAAAAUGUACACGGUGAACUCACUUCAUGCUGCACAGUAAAAGCUGUAGAAGCAAUGGUAUGGGUUAAACUCCCUUUUAGUUAUGGCGGUAAAUGUGUGUAUUCUGGAAAAAUAUGUGAAAGAUUAUUGUUCUUCAAAUAGGCAAAGGAAAAGUCAGUGCCAGCUCAUCCUCUUAAAGGGACCGCUUGCUCCCAUUUUCCCUACUCCUUCACAGUUAACUGCAUAUUUUCCAACCCGAGACCACCUUAAUGUAUUUUUUUAAUGUGCCUUUGUCGCUUCACUCAACGAGUAAUACUGAGAGAGAGAAUGUUCCAGACCAGAUACUGAAUCAAGUUUCAAGUGAAAAACGCAAACGUUUCUUUAAUCUCUCCAUGCAGACGCAUUCUCUAUGAACUAGUUUCUCCUGAUAACCAAUGUUACACAUUUCUGUAAUUACAACCACCAUCAACUCAGGGUGAGACUAAAAAUAUUAUUUUAUUGCGGAUUGUAGUGUACAAGAGCAUUCGCAAUCUUCCAGAUUAUUUGAUAUCCAGGUCAACUGAACACGUCCAGGCACUCUUUAUUACUCAACAUCUGUUUCAACAUGACUUAAACGCUAAUAAGUUAUACUUCACGCUUUAUAGCAUCGUGUCUCGCACACACGCCACCUCCCAGUUUUUAGCAGCACGAACAUGUUUUCACCUUAUGGUAACGUAUUCUACUUCAGAAUGUAGUAUCCUAAUCCGUUUUUCUUAUUGCUGAUUUGUUUAGUGAGAUGCUGGGUAAAGAUGUCCUCAUGUCGCACCCUGGGAUGAGAGAGAAUAGUUUAUUCUGACAACCCAAUCUGUGAUGUCACUGCUGUGUUCAGCCAUACAGACGGAGUAUGUCUGACACACUGCUUGUAAAAUACCCCUGGGAAUUGAAAUAAUCACGUUAAAUGGUAAAAAAAAAAAAAUACACUUUAACCAAAUUGUUUUUUUUUUAAUUAUUAUUUUUUGUUAAAUCAAUUUGCACAAUUAGAUUCUGCACACAGGCCGGUUAAAUAAUGUAUACAAAUGUAUUUAAAGUUUCUGAGUAUUGAUGUGUUUAUAUUCCUCAUGUUGGUUUUCCAUGAAUAAAAGUGAGUAAUUUAGGUCCAUCGUCAUCCGGCUGAUAUUUAAUGGAUUGCCAUUCAAGGAAUAUUCCACAAUGGUGCAAACAUCCACGCAUGAUAAAGGAAAAUGGCGGCUAACCCCAAAAUAAGCACACGAGCACCUCCACCGUCACCACAGCAGGCCAAGGCCACACAUUCCCAACGUGUUGGAUACAAAUCUAGUAAUCUGUCAUUGUUACAAAAACCUGCUCACUUGACAACAUUCAUGUAGAAUAUUUUCAGCGUUAUCUCGAGCGCACGCACCCCUCUGUUGAUGGAGGCAGUGCUUCUUGCUGAGUGCCCACCCAGAAAAUGAGAAAGGCAUGCACACUCGAUGGGGGGGAAGUGGACCGGCUGGACUCCAUGCCGCUGACUGAUGAUAGGACAGGAGAUGAGUGCAGGGGUAAGCGCAGGACAGGUCGGGUUGGAGGGGGGGGGGGGGCUAUUGGAAACAUCUUCAAUGUGACAGGAACAGGAAGUGGUGAUCAGAGCGAGCUACCCGGUAAAUCAUGAGCCUCAUCUGUUCCACUCUCUCGCUCUCUCUCGACACUGCCUGUACAUCAUCUCAGCCUUUCCAAACACAUGGUCGCCAGGCUCUGCUAUGUAUCUAACUUGAGAGAAGCCUAAGAGAAGAGACUCCUCAGCCCCGCUCCGUCUGAUUGAUUUGGAGGUGAAAUGUCACAAAGCCGUGCUGGGAGUGGGACUGCUAACGGUACCACGAAGAGGGGAGACGAACUUAAAAUUGUGGUAGUGGGAGAUGGAGGCUGUGGGAAGACAUCUCUUCUCUUGGUUUAUGCUAAAGGGGAUUUUCCUGAGAAAUAUGCACCGUCAGUGUUUGAAAAAUAUACCACCACUGUCUCUCUGGGAGGAAAAGAGAUAAAGCUCAACUUGUAUGACACAGCUGGACAGGAAGACUACGACAGACUGCGGCCUCUUUCGUACCAAGAAGCCGACCUGAUCUUAGUUUGCUUUGACGUGACCAACCCGACCAGCUAUGAGAACGUCCUGAUUAAGUGGCACCCAGAGGUGAAGCACUUCUGUCGGGACACGCCGGUCAUCCUGAUUGGCUGCAAGACCGACCUCAGGAAGGACAAUGAGUGCUGCAGGAAGCUCAAAGCCACGGACCAGGCUCCCAUCACCUUCUCACAGGGUGAAGAGAUCCGGCAGCAGAUGAAUGCAGAGCUCUACCUCGAGUGUUCUGCAAAGAAUCAGGAGAACGUGGAAGACAUUUUCAGGGAGGCCACCAAAAGGACUUUGGCCUUUAAUCGAAAACAAAACACCUCUAAGAGGAAGAAGAAGUGUGUCGUUUUGUGAGAUGAACUGAUAAUUGUGGACUUUUUUAAUGCAAGAAGCUGCAGGUUUGUAUGAAAUUUAAAAGGCCUUCCGUCAAUGAAAUUUUACAUGAGAUGUUCAUAUUUUUUAUAUAAAUAUAUAUUUUUGAUGGAAAGUUUUAUACCGUUUCUACACCCAUUUCUUUCUUAAUGUAAAUCUAUAAGAAGUUAGUUCUUGUAUCUUCAAUUCCCAGUACAUCGAUUGAAAUGUAUGAACCUGGUUUAAGUACCGCAAAUAAAUAACAGCUUCCCAAACAGCUUACUUUGUUACUGUAGCUUUAACAGUCUUAAGAAAACCUUGAACAAAAUUCAUUAGUGUGUUUAUAUCCAGUGAAGGCAAACACUGAACUAGUAUCAGUGGGUGGACGCUUUUCUUUACCAGCAGCGCCCCCUAGUGUCAGGAAACCGGAACGUGUGCAAUGGCUGAAUGCAGCGAAAUGAAUUGUAAAUAAAUACAGUUGAAGUUAUUUAUUAGGUCUUGGACAAGAAGCACAAAGAUGGAAAAAUAAUUGAAUUAGGAGUUUAUUAUUAAUAUUUAUUUUACAAUAUUUUACAACAAUAUUUGUACAGAGACAUCGUCCACUGUCUCUUGUUACUGAUCACAUUCAGGCACCAGUUACAGUCUAGAAAUGAAUGAUGACAACAUUGUUCAUCAGCUACAUCGCACAAAUGAGGAAAUCAAGUUGUUUUGUGCGUUCUGGCAGCUUUUGCAUCGAAUGUAACAUUUUGUUCUGUACCUCAACAUGUUUCAAUCUCCCCAUUAAAAUUGACAUGAAAUAUUGUGAUCCUCUUUACCAUGAUUACUUUCUAGAGAAAAAAAAAGACAAACGCUACUAUCUCU